AUACUGUACUAUUGGGUGGAAUGUUGACCCUUUCAGGAAUCCAGUACAUUUUUUUUUUCUUUUAGCUACACUAUUCUGUUUCUUUUCUUCUGCUGACCCCUUCUUAGUCUUCUCUAUUCAAUCUUUCUGAUUGGGAUUUUGUGCUUUUAUUUACAUUUUCCUAUCUCAUGCAUCUUCAACUGUUCCUUUUAUGUAGAUAUGCCUCAAAUCUAUGUUCUAAGCUCCUGUCUCAUGCUUUCAAUUCACCAUUUCCUUACUGAUAAACCUCAAAAUCAAGGUACUGUGCAAAAUACUAGGGAUGUCAAGAAAGGUUAAAAACCAGUUCCUGUUCUCAAAGAACUUAGAGUGUAAGGAGGAAGACAACAUACAACUAUGUGCAAGCAAAUAAUUCACAUUAUUUUGAGGUAACCAACAGAGGAAGAUCAGUUUGACAGCUGAACAGAAAGUGGGCUGGAGUGGAGAGAGACCUGAUGCAAAAGACCAACCAGAAGACUAUUACAGAAGUACAGCACAGACUGAAAGACUCUCACAGGAGAUAUGCAUAGAGAUUGUUGGGAAGAGAAUGCUGUGAUUGCAUUUUGAAGGAGAAGGGAGCAGAAGAUAUGGUCAUUGGGGUAACAGAGUAAAGAAAGGGGAUUGGCUGUGGUUGGUGUUGAGUACAACUGGACUCCACAAUGACUGUUGGCAUCCUUGUCCACUGAGGGAUGCUUACAUCAUAUGACAUCACAUGACAAGAAUAUGAGAUCAACUGAAGCCAUACAUACAUUUUGAGUUAUCUUCUCCUCUCACAUUCUACCAAGAUCCUAGAGUGGAGCUGCAAAGAGCUGAAAGUGUGGUGCCUGAUUGAUGCCUGUUGAAUUUUACAGCCGAAACUGCGUUUCUUUUGGAGAAAGCUACAUGGACAUGGUGACGCUUCAGUCCUGGGAACCUCAAAAAUGGGGUAUUUUCUUUGGGCAUGAAAGGCCUGGGCGGGGAUCUGACGAGCUUCUUUCUUCUGGUAUCACUAACGGGCCUUUUACCAUGAGCAAUUCGACUCCAGCUACAGCUAAUGGGAAUGAUAACAAGAAAUUUAAAGGAGAUCGAUCUCCCUGCUCUCCUUCUCGUGUUCUCCAUCUUCGUAAAAUUCCAAAUGAUGUUACUGAAACAGAAGUCAUAUCAUUAGGUCUACCAUUUGGCAAAGUAACCAAUCUCUUGAUGUUGAAAGGAAAAAGCCAGGCAUUCUUAGAAAUGGCUUCUGAGGAAGCUGCUGUUACUAUGGUGAACUAUUACACUCCAGUUACUCCUCACCUCCGAAGUCAACCUGUUUAUAUUCAGUAUUCUAAUCACAGAGAACUUAAGACUGACAAUCUACCUAAUCAAGCUAGAGCUCAAGCUGCAUUGCAAGCCGUGAAUGCUGUCCAGUCUGGAAGUCUGGCCCUCCCUGCAGCCCCAGGCAAUGAAGGUGGAGUUCUUCCAGGGCAAAGCCCUGUUCUUCGAAUAAUUGUGGAAAACCUCUUUUACCCUGUUUCUCUUGAAGUACUCUAUCAGAUUUUUUCCAAGUUUGGAACAGUCUUGAGGAUUAUCACCUUUACAAAGAACAAUCAAUUUCAGGCCUUGCUUCAGUAUGCUGACCCACUGAAUGCACAUUAUGCCAAAAUGGCUCUGGAUGGCCAGAAUAUCUAUAAUGCAUGCUGCACUCUGCGAAUUGACUUCUCCAAGUUAACCAGCCUUAAUGUGAAGUAUAAUAAUGACAAAAGCAGAGAUUUCACUCGCCUUGACCUUCCUUCUGGUGAUGGCCAGCCAUCCAUUGAUCCUACUAUGGCUGCUGCUUUUGGUGCACCUGGUAUAAUUUCCUCACCAUAUGCAGGGGCUGCUGGAUUUGCCCCAGCCAUUGGAUUUCCUCAAGCUACAGGUCUUUCAGUUCCAGCUGUUCCUGGAGCUCUUGGUCCUUUAACCAUCACAACCUCUGCUGUCACUGGAAGAAUGGCAAUUCCUGGGGUUCCUGGUGUACCCGGAAAUUCUGUUCUGCUUGUCAGCAACCUCAAUCCUGAUGCUAUUACACCACAUGGACUUUUUAUCCUGUUUGGGGUGUAUGGUGAUGUACAGCGUGUGAAGAUUAUGUUUAAUAAGAAAGAAAAUGCUUUGGUUCAGAUGGCAGAUGCAAAUCAAGCUCAACUAGCCAUAAACCACUUGAGUGGUCAGAGACUUUAUGGAAAGGUGCUUCGUGCUACUCUGUCGAAACAUCAGUCAGUCCAGCUUCCUCGUGAGGGCCAAGAAGACCAAGGUUUGACUAAGGAUUUUAGCAAUAGUCCUUUACAUCGUUUUAAGAAGCCUGGGUCUAAGAACUUCCAGAAUAUCUACCCACCAUCUGCCACCCUGCAUCUUUCAAACAUCCCACCUUCAGUUAUGGUUGAUGACCUGAAGAAUCUAUUUACAGAUGCUGGAUGUACAGUCAAAGCCUUCAAAUUCUUCCAGAAAGAUCGCAAAAUGGCACUUAUCCAGUUGGGAUCUGUGGAGGAAGCAAUUCAGGCACUUAUUGAGCUGCAUAAUCAUGAUCUUGGAGAAAAUCACCACCUCAGAGUUUCCUUCUCAAAGUCAACAAUUUGACUUUUCUGUGAACUUUCCUUUUAAGACUGGACCACAAUUUCAGUAAAACCUUCAGACAGAGACUGAAGCAGCUUAAGACGAAUUCUGCCUCUUUUACAAAAUAUUGAAUUAAACUCGCUGAGUUUGAUGUUUGAGUGUAUUCAUACACAGUAAAGAAUCAAGGGAUUACCUUUUUUUUUUCCCAUUAUUUUCUGUCAGUAUGUGGUAUAAAAGGUUAAUUAUUAUUUCUCCGCACCAGAGUUUCUGUGGAAAUAUUCUAUAAAAAAAGGAAUUUUUUUUUUUUCAAUCAGAAUGCCCUGUGUUUAAGUUCUCUUUCAGAGGACAGCCUUUUAGUUUUGGGUCCAAAUCAAGCUUACACAACAUUUCCAAAUUCCUUCAUGGUUUGAACUAUUUAAAAUAUCAGUACUUUUAAAUCAGUGUAAGCAAAAAUCCAUAUAUUUGUCUCUGAUUAGAAAGUGUGAUUCGUGGUCACUACUUUGUGACAUGUGAUAAUCAUUUCAAAGGCAAAUUGAAAGACUAAUGUCUCAAACAUGAAUUUCUAAUUAUGAAUUUUUUUAUGAAAAACAACUGAUCUUUUCCCUCAUUUAUUGGACUUUUCUGAAUCGUUUUUAUGUUCUUAAUUUUAUUAUGAAAGUAAGAUUUUUGGAGAAAGGCAGUGCCUGACUCUCUUCCCCAAAUCAAGUUGGAUUGAGAUAGAACCAAGACCUGUUUAUAAGAUUAAUUAAUGUUUUUAUUGAGUAAAAAAUCAUGUUUUAUCUGAAUUAACAAUAAUAUUUUCCCCAUGAAAUGAUGUGUAUCUGAUUCUGGAAAAAUUAAAAGGAAAAAAUAGUCCUGAUUAAAAACUACUUUUUUACAUUUGUUUUCAGAUAAUAAAAAAGUUUACAGUCUUAAGGAAAAUAUUCAGGUCAAUCAUAUGGUUUGACAGAUUUUUUAAAAGUUAUUUUUGGUAAGGUCUUCUUUUAAAAGAAAAAUUUAAACCUCAAGGGUUUUUUGUACCACUAUAAUCUAAUACUUAAAUCAAAAUUACUGUGUAUUUACUUAAUUUCUUAUUACGUGCCUUAUUAUGUGCUUAUAAUGAUACAAUAGCUUAGAGUUUUAUCUAAAGUAUCUUGAAAACUGUAUUGUGGGCUUGGUAAGAGAGAUUUUUUUUUUCUUUUUGAUCUUUAGGAUUUAAAAAGUUUUCAUUGUGAUUUUAAAAAUAAUUUUCAAUAAGUAGUAGUCUGAAUUCAAAUUUUUGGUGCUUUGGUGCAGAAAUGGGGUGGGGUGGGGUGGUUAUGGGAUUGGUAAUAACUAAGUGCAUACCCUGUAGGCCUCUUCAAAUUUGAUCUGGUAGCAGUUAGUGCCACUUACAUAAUUUUUUUUUUUUUUUUUUUUUUUUUUUUUUUUUUUUUUUUUUACUGUAAAGCAUGGUCCCAAUUUAUUGAUCUUGUGUACACCCAUCAGAAUUUGUCUCAGGAUUCCUUGUUUGUUUAUUUUUUCCCUCAGUACUAAAGAAAGAACUUGCUUUUCUUUGCUAAUAUAGCUUCAUUAUUAAGUGCCCACAUAUUUGGAAAGUAAGGGAGGAUUGUAUUGGGAAGGGUGGGGGGGAACUGUCUUCUCUUUGUUUUGUUGAAUGUAAGAGUGUGUUUUAAUGUUGCUUCAAUAAUUAUGUAAUGUGACAUUUGUUUCUAUAUAUUAAGCAACUUUUGGUUAACUAUUACUUUGAUGCUUGAUCAGAUUUUUAAAAGCAUUUUUCAUUUUUAAGAAGUCAUUUUUGUGUUAGCCCUUUUUACUUAUUUCAGGUUUUAAGAAUAGUCUCAGUAGUUGUGGUUCAUCUCAGUUAUUCAUUCAGUAUGUUUCCUUGCCAUUACACCAGCCAUUAAUUUUAAUGCAGUGAUGAUCUUGUUAGAAAAACUAGAUAAAAUUUCUUAAUCUUUCUAAUAAAAUUCUGAGAUUGAAAGAAUUAUGAUAAUCAAGCAGAAACAAUUUAUUUAGUCAUUGAUGGUGAUUAAACUGGUAGAGUAGGAGGGAACAUGAAGUUACCAUGAAGAGGACCAUGUUAGCAUUCGUUGAAUAGGCAGCCUUAAUCAUAUGACCUGGUGUGCUUUUUUACCGUUCGGACUUUUUUUAUGUGUCACCUAUUGAAUGGUAGAAAAGACAAAAAAUUCUUUAGAUAAUAAACUAGAAGUUUUUUUGUGUUUUUUUAAAAUCCAUACAGUACUUAGAGUUUCUUUAUUCCAUGGCAUAUAUUAAUUGGAAUAUUUUGUAUUCCACUUUUGGUUAGAAAAUAUCGUAUGACUUAGCAAACUUAUUCUCAUAAGAUAGUCAAGCUAAGUGCGGCAAAGGAAUACUGAUAGAAGAAGGCAGAUCAUAAUGGAGUUGAAUGUAAUUAUGAAGCAGGUCUUUAAAUCUGAGAGAACAUUUGAAUCCUUAUCAGGGACUUUGUGUAUAUAUGUGUAUGUAUGUAUAUGCGUAUAUAUUCAUACAUACACUAUUCUGAUAUUGUAUAUACAUAUGCACAUAACAUUUUAAUUUAUUGACAAAGAAAAUUAAUCUAAAUUAAGAUUUGGAAGAGACAUGUUCAUGUAUAAAAAUAGGGUGUUUGGAAAAAUUCAAUUUGUGUCUAAAAUUAGCCCAAGUAUGUGGAUAUUAUCCAUUUGGGGGCUUGUUGUUUGAAUUAUAGAGGUCUACAGUUUAUGUGUUGGCACAGGUUUUGUAAAAGAAAAAAAUUGGGUGGUGGGAAGUCAAGAUCUGUGUGCUUUUUUAAUUUUGGCAUGCAUUUAUUCUCUAUCUUAUAAGCUUUUUUUAUUUUUGCUGUUGAUCUGUAGUGUUAAUUUUUGAAGUUUAUGUACUUUAUUUUAAAAGAAUAUUAAAUUACUUUUGGAGGUCUCUUGGCUUUUAGAUGAAGUGCAGAUGCAGAUUUCAAAAAUAGCAGUACAUUUAAAAUGCAAUUCUGUGGCUAUUUUAAAUUAGGCUGAAAUAUAAGUUCUUGUUUUCUUAGGAGAUUAAAAUAAUUCACUAGUCUGCUUUAAAAAAAAAUAAGAGGAGAACAAAAUACAAAUCAAAAAAAAUUUUUUCCUGAUUAUUUUUCCCUACAAACAACUUGUUGGAGAAGAGCAGAAUGACCUGAUAGCUCCAUUGUGAAAGUCAGUAAAAUGUUGGUUGUUGAUAACUUUUUCAAGUUUACAAAUGACUGAAAUUGAGGUUAUAUUGUUUGAAGAAAUUUGGGCUUUUUAUGACAGUGCAUUUUUCCAAGAAAACUAAAUUGUAGAGUUAUUAAGAAUUGAUAUUCAUUAAAGGGAAUUUCCUCACUUGGAGUGAGGUGCUACAAUCCUGUAGCAAAGAAAUUGUAUCUGAUUCAAAAAGUGUGUCAGUGACUCCAAAAAAAAGUUUUGCCUUUUUUAUAAAAAAACUUGACUCCAUUUUAGUGUGUGUCUUUUAAAUGCAUGACUAACAAAUUCAGGUGAAAAAAUUAAAUAGAUUCAAGUAAUGUUCUUAUUUGAUAUAACAGUCUAGUAUCUUAAAUUUGAGUAAGAAUGGAAUAGUCUUAUAGAUCUUUAUUACUUUAAAAAUGGUACUUGGAGAACACUUAUGAAGCAUUUUUAAAAAUCCAUGAUUUCAUAAGUGUGGGUACUCCCUCCAAUGAUGCAGGUCAUAAGUGUUACGACCUGUGCCUUAGAAGUUGAGUUGGCAUUGUUGCCCUCCCCUGUUCUCUCCCGCCUCACCAAAAAAGAAAAGAAAAAGAAGCACUUGUUGGCCAGUGAUGGAACUAAUCUUGAUUGGAUUUCAAAUGGCAGCUAUGCUGGAUGACCACAAGUGUUUACUUGAAGCUGUCCCAGCUUGGUAUUUAGAUCCAGAAUUUGUGUUUUCAUAUAUAUAACCUUAGAGAAUCCAAGAUCACUCCUAGAUCUUUGAUGAGACAAUGGAAUAGGAAGGAUUUCAGUAGAGACUUGAAAAUUUUUUUUAAAAAUGGAAUUUAGUUUGGUAUUACAAUUCCAUUUUCCUUCAGCAUUUUAAAUACCUUUCGCAUAUAAAUAGAAUAAAAGAAAAUUAUGUAAACUAUCUAAAAGAGCUAUCAUGAUUGAAAUAGUAAUUAUUUUAGUCUUGGUGUUUCUGCUUUGACUUAACAUUUUUAUUAUUUUAAAAGUUAAAAUUAGAAGUUGAAUCUCAAAGCUUUUGCAAUUUUAAUAUAAUUUUUCAUGAUUCACUCAUGAGUGUCUUUGCAUUAGCCCCAUUUUAUGUGCAAUGAUUUUAAAUGAUUGGUGUCUUUGAGCCUCUAUAGUUUAAAGAUGAAAGGGAGCCAUCACUGUUAUGCGCUGUAUUUACACAUUUUUUGGCAAACAAACUCAAAAUAUCAAUGUCUCUAAGGAAGAGUGUAACAUUAUAGUAGCAGUUUUGUUUUUGUACGUUUGUUAAGUUUAUCAUCUCAUCCUUCCUCUAAAUUUGACCAAAAGAUGCUGAGAAUAUGGACUACUCCCUAUGAGUUACACUUAAUAAAAGGUUUGCCAAAUUUUCAGUUCAUCUCCUGAAAUCCCUUCUGUGUACUGCUAUUUUUAAAACUAACAUAUGAGAAUAUACCUGUGCUUAAAGCCAUUUUUGUUUGCCUUUUCCUUUGUCUUGAUCUGUUGUUAUCUAGAACAAAACUGCCAGACUUAAAAGUUUUACUGUUGUGCUGAAAGAAAUAUAAUUCAGAUUGCACAGGGGUUUUCCUUUAAACAAAAAUUUAUUCUGCUGUCUUUUAGAAUAUGUUUGUAAUAUACAAGACUAUUUGUAAUCUUUUUUUUCAGAGCAGAAAUUCCUAGCAUACUAGGAAUUAUGAAUUACUAGAAAAAAAAUUGAAAAUAUACUAUUUGACUUGGGGGGUUUUUGUAAAGGGGGAAAAAACCAACAAAACCAGGACCAAAGUUUAUGUGCCUUCAGUAGUCUUAAUUGUCCUUUUCCCCCUAUUUCGCACUUAGUCAAAUUCCAUAAACUCUGUAUUAAUAUAGCUUUUUAAAAAAUGUUGGCCCACUGACUAUCCAUACAUGCAAAGAAUUGUGACUUUUUAAAUGAGGUCUCAAUUACUCCUUUGCCUUUACCAUAUUCAUUUUAUAGCAUUGUGCAGGAAUCUAGGAAUAGAGCUGCUUCAAAUCUUUGUAGUGGUCAUGGUAUCUUUUCUAAUUUGGGGCAUAUGGCCUAGUGGGAUAAUGGACUAGUCCAGUGUCCUUAGAGAUGCUAGCUAUGCUCAGAAGCUUCUUUCCAACAAACUUAGAUCAGCACUGUAAACUUUUUUUUAAAGUUCUUGGAUUUCUGCAUUGUUUGUAAUAUUAGUGAAUAUUUAAAUAGUUACUUUCAUACUGUCAUUUUAAUCACAUUCCAGUCUUGUUUGUUGUUAUUUUUUUUUUAACAUUGUUACCCAAAUCCUUCAAAGGUUCAUCCCAAAUCCGUAGCAGCACAAAUCAUAAAGAUUGCUGACUAAGCAAGUUCUUGCAUCAGAAUGUCACCUCAUUGCUCUGACCAAAGACUGUUCUGGUUUUACUGAGACAUUCUGUUAAAUUUCCCCACUCUCCUCCAAGCUCCUUUCUGAAAGAAGACCCAAUGCAUAGUGGCCUUUUCUUUGUAUUUUCUAUUUGGUGAAUGGACCACUUAGUGAAAAAUGGGAGUUUAAAUGUGAACAGAAUGAUUUGCGUUAAAAGUAAGGGAUAAUGGAUUAUUUUCAGUACUGUAUUCAAGAAAUAAAAAUAGCACAGCUAGGAGCCUCUGACAUUCUAUCGUGUUUUACAUGGUCUGUUCAUAAAAUUCCCUUUUUCAGUUUGUAAGAAUGUUCAUCUAACACAAGAAAAUGCUGUAAAUAUUUGUAACAACAUUUUUUUACCUGGCAAAAAAAAGGUUUUUGGGAACAAGUUAAAGUAUAAAGUGGUUUUAUAUAAAAACAUCAAUUGUCUUGUAUAUUUUGAUAAGCAACAGUACCAGCUUUCAUUUGUAAAGCAGUUUGUGGCAUUGGAGGAAAAAAGGAUUCCAUGUCUGUUGAAAUGACUUAUGUUAUAAAUGCAAAGAGAAGAUAAAAUAUUAAAGAACAUAUUUUCUAACUGCGUAGUGCAUGGUUAAUUCAAGCUUCUGUAUACUACAGUAUAUUCCAUUUCUCUUAAGUUUGUGUAUUUGCUGAUUAUUAUUACUUGAUUAUCUAUACUUAACUCUUUUCCUAACAACUCUAGUGUUGUAGCAUGCCUUUUAAUAAAUGUCAUGACAUCUGUACUCUCUUAAAA